AUUAAGAAUUAGUGAAAUUGACAAUUUAUCAAAAUUUUGAAACUUUUAAACUGCUGUCACUUUGAAACUUAUUGAUCUAGGAAAUUAUAAAGCUAUGUAAAUUAAAGCUUAUUUAUAAGCUUUCAGAUAAAAUUUACAGCAAGUUAGUAAGUUAUCUUACUCUAUAGUUAUUGUAGGGAGAGACAGUGAAAGUUGAAAUUUUUCUUAAUUUUUUAAAAUUUAUAAUUGCUGUAAUUUCUAACUUUUUCAUUAAUGGUAUGUUUUAAAUUAGCUGAGCUGCUGUCACUUUGAAACUUAUUGAUCUAGAAAAUUAUAAAGCUAUGUAAAUUGAAGCUUAUUUAAUGAGCUUUCAGGUAAAAUUUACAGCAAGUUAGUAAGUUAUCUCAUUCAAAAGCUAUUGUAGGGAGAGACAGUAAAAGUUGAAAUUUUUUUUAAUUUUUUAAAAUUUAUUGCUGUAAUUUUUAUACUAUUCAACCAAUUUAUCUUAUUUUCAAAUUUGACCUUGUAAAUCUUCUAAAAAAUAAGUAUUCUACUUUUCCUAAAGAUUUGACAAUAAUUGAAUGAGUUAUCGUAGAAACAAGUCCGGUUCUCGCUUAUAUAUUUAUAUACAUUCAUAAACUUUUAAUAGUAUUUUUUGAAGCUGAGCUGAAUCAGGAGAUUUAAAAAUCUUUUUAAAUUUGCAUUACGAGGAAAAAUACAAUAGCUUUCUCUGAAAUCUACCAAAAUAUUCGAAUGAUUAAGAAGAAUAUUCUUCUUUACUUAUAAUUUGUGUUUGCCUUAACAUACUCUGUUUAUUUCAACAAUGAACAAUGAUAGUAACAAGAGGAUAAUGCAAUUAUCCCAACGGUAGCUAUUAUCACAAUAUUCCACCGUCACAAAUUGCACUGAGAAUGUGUCCAAGACUUAAGUAAUAAAGAGCUGGCGAUGUCCAUCGUGAGCGGAAGAUCCCACAGGAAAUAGACAUCGAGAAGUACUUAAACCCUUCUCCAGUAUUAUAUCCAGAAUCUUUUCAGUCAUGUGCUAAGUACCGUUGAAAGUAAAAUCGGGUAAUUAUCUACACAAGGAGGAUUUUGAGGUCAAAAAAGGGAAACCUAAUGUCCCGUUAUUGAGGAUUCUAAAGAAGAUAACGUGCAUAGUUAUCGUAUGUCUAAUGCAGGGAAGAAAUAAACAAGGUAAAUAGAUUUUGGCUCGUGCCAUGGUGCGUUAGUUGCAGUCACGCUUCACGCUUCGAUGAUGCCUGUCCCUUCCUCUAGAUUUGUUCGUUUAAAUUAUAGCUAGCAUCUUGGACGAUUCUGUUCUUCAGUUUUAAUUCUGCUUCCAUACGCGAAGAAUCUCUCUUACUGUACGACAAUAAGAUUAAUUAUCCUAAAACUGGUAUUUAAUUAUUACUCCAGUUUGCUAAUGACUGAAUAAUAAAUCAAUACGCGGUUGCUAUCCUCUGUAACUGGUGAAUAAUAACAGCUCUUGUUGACAAUGUAAUAGAUUUUAAUUACAAUAUAUAAAUAAUAAAAAUGAUAAGAUUUAUUUUAUUCUGUGUAAGUGUAUUUUUUCUCGGGAAUUGUCAUGCCCGUUACUUGGAGGGACUCAAUCUUAAUUUGGGCGAAGCUUUACAAUUUUUACGGGAGUAUGAUCAAGAAGCUUCUGCGGUUUGUAAUAAAGUUAUGACAGCUCAGUGGAAUUUUGCUACUAAUGUUACUGAUGCAAAUCGCAGAAAAAUGUUGGAAGAACAAACAACAAAGUUAAAAUUCGAAAGAUCGUCAUGGCGUAAAGCAGUUAACUUUGCAUGGACUAGAGUACCUGAUCCAUUAGCGCGAAGACAAUUAAAAAUGAUUACCAUGAAAGGAAGAAAUGCGUUGACUCAGGAUAAAUUUAAUGAAAUUCAUCACUUAAUUGUCGAGAUGAAAGAGCUUCACAGUAGAGCCCGACUUUGUCCAUACAAAAAAACAGGCAUUACUUGUGAUAUGGACAUGACUGCAGAAGUUUCAAAAAUAAUGGCCCAGUCUCGAGAUUAUGAAGAAUUACUUCACUACUGGCGCGCUUGGCACGAAGCUGUUGGACCUCCUUUAAAAAAUAAGUACAUGAGGUACGUCCAACUGGCCAACCAAGCUGCAAGACUCAACGGGUUUACUGACGCAGGCGACCAGAUGCGUGAGGCCUUUGAAGAUGAUUACUUUCAGCAGAAUAUUGCAGAAGUUAUUUCGGCGAUAAACCCGCUGUAUAAAAAUCUCUUCACCUAUGUAAGGACCAGGUUGAUUGAUAGGUAUGGUGAUAAACUCAGACCUGAUGGUCCUUUGCCAGCGCAUUUGUUGGGAAAUAUGUGGGCGCAAAACUGGGAGGGAAUUUACGAUUUGGUGGAGCCUUUUGCUGGAGCUAGACGAUUUGAUGUUACUCUGGAAAUGAUUAUUCAAGGAUUUACUCCAUUGAGAAUGUUUCAAGUAGCAGAAGAUUUUUUUACUUCACUUGGAAUGAAACCAACUCCUCCAGAAUUUUGGAGAUUUUCAAUGUUUGAAAAACCUAUUGAUCGAGAAGUUAAAUGUACUGCUAGUGCUUGGGAUUUUUGUAAUAAAAUAGAUUACAGAAUCAAGCAGUGUACAAAAGUAACAAUGGAAGAUUUGCUGUCAACCCAUCACGAAAUGAGCCACAUUCAAUACUACCUCCAGUACAAAGACCAGCCAUAUAUUUUCCGCAAUGAAGCUCUUCCAGGGUUCCAUGAAGCAGUUAGCGACGCUAUAGAGCUCUCGGUAAUGAACCCACGACACUUCCAGAGAAUAGGCUUGUACAAUAAUUCAACUGAAGACUACGAGAGCAACAUUAAUUUUCUGAUGUUGAUGGCACUGCGUAAAGUGGUUUAUUUACCCUUCGCUUACAUCAUUGAUCAAUGGAGGUGGCGGGUAUUCAGCGAUGGAGUAGCAGAUAUGACAACUCGCUGGUGGGAAUUGCGGCUCCAGUACCAAGGAAUUGUCCCACCUCUUCCAAGACUCGAGCGUGACUUUGAUCCUGGUGCUAAAUAUCACAUACCAGCUGAUAUUCCUUACACGAAAUAUUUUGUGGGAGCUGUUUUGCAGUUUCAAUUAUUUGAGUCUCUGUGUGACAUAUCAGGUCAUGUUGGUGAAUUACACUUGUGUGAUAUUUAUCGGUCACAAGAAGCUGGUCGAUUAUUAUCAGAAAUAUUGUCUCAAGGAUCGUCAAGAAAUUGGCAUGAAGUCGUUCGACUAAUGACCAGAGGAAAGAUGGACCGAAUUGAUGUUGGUCCUAUGUUGAGAUACUUUGAGCCUUUAUUCAAAUGGCUGCAACGACAAAAUGAAAUUGAACCGAUCAUUGGAUGGAUUACUAGCCAAGAUGACACUUCGCUAUUCGCUCACUGGUACAGAAGUUCUUCAGAAAAAGUAAAAGCUUGGUCACUGAGCAUAUUAAUUCCUCUAAUUAUUUGUCUAGUGCGAUGACAAAUUAAUUGGCUUUAAAUUUUGUACAUAACAGCCGCUUUAAUAGUACAAGUGAAGAUAUUUAUUGAUAACUUAUUGCAGAUUAAUUUUUACAGUUUAUAAAUUUAUAUGAAUAAAAAAGGUAUUGGAAGUAAAAAUAAUGACAUUGAAAUUAGCAGACAUCCGAAAAUUUUUGGUUUUUUUUAUUUAAAAAAUUAUAACAAAAAAAAUUCACAUAGAAUUUUUUAAAAAACUAUAAAUGCAAUUUUU